AUGGAUAUGGGUAAUCUCAGUGCCCUGCCAACCCCCACCUUGGACGACAACAUCCACCAGCACUAUGCAUUUGGUUCACCAACCCCUCCGAUCGAUCCCAUACACCAGGCAUCUGCUUCUCUUCCUACUCCUGUCCCCUGCUCUAUCGAUAUUCGGCUCCGCCAAGUUCUCGCACACCUACCGCACAUCAAGAUCAUCAGCCGGCUGGUCCGUCGAUGGCUGCAAGUCUGCCUAAGCUGUCCUGUACCCAGACCCCUCCUUCUGGACCUGUUAGUUGCUGUUGAAUCAGCCGCCCACCGGUGCAAUCCAGGUGAUGGCAAUACCCCAGUUGACGACGCGGACCUCGGCCAGCUAGCAGAAGAUAUUCAUAACGCGAGCUCGCAGCCGCUAGUUGUCCCUCGCGGAUUGCAGCCUACCGAGUUUUUUCAGGUGCUCACCGGGCGAAACCUGAGAGCCGAGUCGAUUGGUCUUGUUCUGAGCGUGGCCGGAAACGCGGCUUUCGGCCUGCUCGAGUCGGACGUCGUCUUCUCCUCUACGGGCAUUGAUGCGGCGAUUGCGUUUGCCAAGGAGCAAUACCAUGAUCCGUCCGAUGUGCUCCUUUGGCUACGGUAUGAGAACUUUGUCCUAACGAGGAAUUGUUGCGGGUACGAAAGCUACCGUACCUGGGCUCGCUCCGGCAGGUUGAUUAACGAUUUAUUUGCCAUGAACAUUCACCGAGACCCGGAAAGGCCUCAAGCCUCGGACACCCCAUGGUUUUUGCGCGAAAUCCAGACCAGGCUGUUCGCGUGCAUGUACGAAGCCGAUAAGUCACUGUCCAGAGUCCUUGGGAAACUUCCCCGGCUACCCCGACAGUACUGCAGCCGCAGACUGCCGCUCAAGAUCAGCGACGAGAACGUCUUAACAGCCGGUUUCACGUCGGACGAUGCGAUCGUCAAUAUGCCGCAUCUGGGAAGCUGCAUUCGCCAGGAAUCGUUUCACUCGGACUGGCUUCGCAUACGCUAUCUGUUUGCGACGUUUAGGGAGGUGGUCCUCGGCGUGAGGCUGGGAGCAUCGGGGCAAAGUAGCGAGUCGUUCAUCCGACGCACAUCGUCACGCAUCCAAGCAGCAUGGGAAGCUCUUCCCACAUAUCUUUGCUACAACCCUGUCUGCACCCCAAAUACGACAUUGUCCACGCCCUAUCAGUAUCUUGCCCAACUGCUCCUCUACCUUGAAUACCUCGACCUACAAUUCAGUACCCAGCAGGCCCUUUGCUACACAUCUGGAAAAGACGCCGGAGGCGACACAAAGCUACUAAAAUUGGGCCUAACCUUGGUAACUACAACGGCCAAUGCGGCCCGCGUCUUCUGCAGGCGGUUUGGUGCAUCGACGGAUACGGCAUUGAUGCUCUGGUUCUACGGCCUUCCCAGUGCUCUCGUUCUUGCCGAUGCUUUGGCCAACACUACAGAAGGCGGGAUGGACACGCCUACCGCCAACAGAUCGGUUAUGUUGCCACUCUCGUGGCUCGAACUCCACCGCCAGCUCAGCGUACUAUCUGCCGAGCUAGAAGUCCUUGUAGAUUCCACAGACAGUAACUAUGCGCUGUACAGUAAGCAGAAGGAGACACUUUCAAGACAGCUUGACCGCGCGCUACAUGCAAGGCUCGAGGUGUCGCCUUCCAAGUCACCGCAAUCAGGGGAGACUUCGACCGCGCCACUGAGCGAUAUCGACAAACUGAUCGCCGAAAUGACAGAAGACGAAAGCUUUGCUGAUGUUCCAACCGGUGAUCUGGAGUCGAGUGCGGGCCCUUGGACACUAGACGAUAUUUUUGAUGAUAGCCUGUGGAAUGGACCGGAGUAG